AUGCAGCACCUCCUCGCCACCAUCCUCGCGGGCCUCGCUCUCGCAGCCGCCAGCGACAUCAGCACGACCCCAGGACUCUGCAAGAAACCACGCUGCACUGGCUAUUGCGCCGAUGGUUUGUAUGCCGCCAUAAUGAUCGUCAACACCCAGCCCGUACGACUGCUGCGUGGUCUACAUCCGCGACCCGUGCGCCGACCACCGCCGACCACUCGCCUCGCCGUCUAUCCUUCCCGCUCCCGCUCCUGGCUCCACGACGACGACGAGGACGACGACGACUCCCGCGGGCAGCUGCACGGGACCUGA